AUGCCUCCCGAAAAGCUUAAAGAGCUUUUAAACUGGGGCUACCAACAUGGCGUUCAGCAUUCGAAAGAUGUAGAGUUUGUUCAAACACCGGACAAGGGCAUUUCAGUUGUUGCGAAGAGCGAAAUUUCAAAUGCAAGCUUCCAGGUACCGAUAGACAUUGUGAUCCGCAGGAGUCUGGCUGAACAACUGUUCCAAAUCAGCUCCAAUCACAACACUUGGCUCAAGUUCUUGGUGGCAAAGUUAAAAUUUGAUUCAAACGCGACCGUUGUGGAGUCGCAAAACCUGAAAACCAAAUUCGCACCUUAUAUCGAUGCCCUGCCACGAGAAAUAGACUCUCCACUUGUCUGGAACCCAAUGGAGCUUAACGAAUUGGGCAAUACAAACCUGGGAUCCUCAUUGACUCUAAAACUUGAAAGUAUCUUUCUCGAAUGGAAGAGUGCAGUGAUACACUUAGAGGAGUGCAAUGAAGAUGCUCGACAAGAGAUCGUUUUCACACAGCAGCUCUUAACGCAAGAUAAGUCUUCAAUCUUUACAAAUCUAACCUCAAAAGUGUUCAGCUCCGAGCUUCAGUUUUCUUGGUGGUCAUUUCCAGCAUUCCUGUGGUCUCAUUUGAUAUUUUUAUCCCGAUCAUUCCCGGAAUACGUUGUCAAUCCAGAUGCCGAUCCUUCUAGCGUUAUCCUACUGCCCAUAGUAGACUUGUUGAACCACGACUACAAUUCCAAAGUUGAAUGGAAGAGAGUUGACGACUCAUUCUGUGUACAAAAACUUGAGACCGUCAUGGCUGGGCAAGAAAUCUGUAACAACUACGGCGGAAAAGGAAACGAGGAGCUCCUUAGUGGCUACGGUUUUGUGUUAGAAAGCAACAUUUUUGACACCGCAGCCUUAAAGGUGAGACUCUCGCAAGCGGUCUUGACACAAAUUUUGAGAGAGACGCAGAUCAAACUACCAAACAUUUCGGAUUACACCACGUCUGCAUUUGACUUUUCAGCAGGUCGCGAGACUGUUCCAGUGUCUGGGGUUGACAUAUCCAAAUAUGAAGACGGUGUUCUAUAUUUGUUGAGCCAGUCAAACUCUCUCUGUCUCGACUGGCUGCUGGAUAUGUUCGCAUUUAUUGAGAAAAGUGCCACGGAGUCAUAUGUCAACCUUAGACCUCGUCUUCAGGGUCUGCAAAAUCUGCGGGCUGCUCUGGAAGCCAAACUUGCCACGUUUAGGCUGGUACCGGAAGAGUCGCAGAAACAAUACAGCAUCAGCACCUACCGUGCCAAGACUGCUCAAGUCUACAAAUCGGGACAAACUAAAAUUGUGAAACAUGCAAUUAAUGAGCUCAAGCGUCUGGAAAAAGAGUGGACAACAAAGUACAAGCGUGAUAUGUUAACAGUCAAGAAGCUUAUGCGUAUUGAUCAAACUUUUCUAGAAGUCGAGCUUCCUGCUUUUUUGCAGCUCGACGACAACUCCGACAUCGCCUUAGACUCCUACAAUACUCUGUUUUAUUUGUGGGUUCUUUGUAAACAUGCCAAUGGUGACGUAACUCAAGAACUUCGAUGGGUUAUGGAUCUGUAUGACACGUUUACCGAGGUUCACGAGAAUGAACCCGACGUGAUCGAUAAGGAGACUAAAUUUCUGCAUCAAACUAUCUUCACUAAUGAUUCCGAGAAACUGUCUCUAAAGCAGUUGGCGCUAGCAGUAAAGUUUGUGAAUGCUAACUCCUAUACUAGACUAUCCAAAGGGGAGAUGAUCUUGGUCAGAAAUGUCAAUUUGUAA